UAAAAAAAUAUUCUCAUAAGCCCCGCCCCUAUCCUCCUCCUCCCCGCUGCACGUGAGCCUUAACUGAAGCUCCACGCGCAUCUAGAACAAACCGGCAGCUCGCGGUUCAGCCGCUGCAGAAAUUCGAUCCUAAUAGGACACGGGGGAAGGGGGGAAGAUGGCGGACGACCCGAACGCUGCGGACAGGAACGUGGAAAUCUGGAAAAUAAAGAAGUUGAUCAAAAGCCUUGAAGCAGCCAGAGGGAAUGGCACCAGUAUGAUUUCACUCAUCAUCCCGCCAAAGGACCAAAUCUCCCGGGUGGCUAAGAUGCUGGCGGACGAGUUCGGCACAGCUUCCAACAUUAAGAGCAGAGUGAACCGAUUGUCCGUGCUGGGAGCCAUCACUUCAGUACAGCAGAGACUCAAACUCUACAACAAGGUGCCCCCCAAUGGCCUGGUGGUGUACUGUGGAACCAUCAUGACUGAGGAGGGCAAAGAGAAAAAAGUCAACAUUGACUUUGAGCCUUUCAAGCCGAUCAACACGUCCCUGUAUUUAUGCGAUAACAAGUUUCACACGGAGGCUCUCACCGCAUUGCUUUCAGACGACAGUAAGUUCGGGUUUAUCGUGAUCGACGGCAGUGGCGCCCUCUUCGGAACUCUGCAAGGCAACACUCGGGAGGUUCUGCACAAAUUCACAGUGGACCUGCCGAAAAAGCACGGACGAGGAGGGCAGUCCGCUCUGCGUUUUGCCCGGCUGAGGAUGGAGAAACGGCACAACUACGUGAGGAAGGUGGCCGAGACGGCCGUGCAGCUGUUCGUCUCCAACGACAAGGUCAACGUCGCCGGGAUGGUCCUCGCCGGAUCGGCCGACUUUAAAACUGAGCUCAGCCAGUCGGACAUGUUUGACCCGAGGUUACAAGCCAAGGUGCUGAAACUGGUGGACAUUUCUUACGGGGGCGAGAACGGCUUCAAUCAGGCUAUCGAACUCUCCGCCGAGGUCCUCUCCAACGUCAAAUUCAUUCAGGAGAAGAAGCUGAUUGGGCGCUACUUUGACGAGAUCAGUCAGGACACGGGGAAGUACUGUUUUGGAGUCGACGACACGCUCAAAGCUCUGGAGAUGGGAGCCGUGGAGAUCCUUAUUGUGUACGAGAACCUGGACACCAUGCGCUAUGUGCUACGUUGCCAGGGUGCAGAGGCCAAUGGGACUGAAAAUGAUAAUAAGACACUAUAUUUGACACCAGAACAGGAGAAGGAUAAGUCUCACUUCACAGACAAAGAGACAGGGCAGGAGCACGAGCUCAUAGAGAGCAUGCCGCUGCUCGAGUGGUUUGCCAACAACUAUAAGAAAUUCGGGGCGACACUGGAGAUCGUGACAGACAAAAGUCAGGAGGGCUCGCAGUUUGUCAAGGGAUUCGGCGGGAUCGGCGGAAUUUUGCGAUAUAGGGUGGAUUUCCAGGGCAUGGAUUGUCAGGGAGAAGACGACGAGUUGUACGACUUGGAUGACUACUAGGAAGUCAUGACUGAUGGAUGCAGAAAUAAUGGAUUUCCCCUUUAUGACUCAGACAAACGGGGAAGGAAAAAGAUGUUGAAUCAGCGACGAGACGAACGAUUUUUUUUUUAAGAGCGACCUUAAACAUGGUGACUGGAAGGAUCUGAGCGUGUCCUGCUCCUCGACACAUCAUUAACACGUCGCACAGCAACAGCACGGACAUGUGAGGAAGUCCUCCACACUCCCGCUGCUACUUUUAUGAAUCCGUGGCAUUUUUAAUAACAUACACGAAAAAGCCGAGGGGAUUAACCUGUGCCACCGCCUCAAGCCCAUCGCUCCAAACCUUUCAUUUCUGCUGUGUAACAAUCUCUGAGCCGGUUAAAUCUCUGCGAAGGACCAUCGCAUAGACCGAUCGCCUCUCUGUGCUGCUGAAGGUGUGGAUGUGUAUCUUGCUUUAGCCUUUAGAAAUGUCCCAAACUAUUUGAGUGCCUAAAAAAUUUGAAGUAGUUGAAAUAUGACGGUGGGGUUCUGAACUUGGGUGGUGUUUUAAUCUGUGAUUUGGAUUUAAGAGCCAUAAGCUUGUUUUCUCUUUAGCUGGAUUAGGAACAUUACUCACGCACGAGAACACCAGAUCACACUGGAAGCACUCAGAUUUGGAUUUUUCAGAUUCCCAUUUCUGCCCUUCCAUAUCCAGUGCAUCAACGGGUAGAUAUGGUUUGUUAAUUAAAGAAAAGCAGGCAAACCCCAUUUAUAAAAUCUAAUGAGAAAACACACACACACACACAUAGAAAAAGGAUGCUUUCUAUUUUAACUUGUAUUUCCUGUAUUUUCUCAUCUCCGUACCUAAUCCAUCAAUAUUUUGUAUAAAUAAUUUGUUACACAAGGUCACACAAGAUAUUAAACGUUCUGAUCGUUUGCA